GGAGAGGAGGAGGAUGGUGUAUGAUUGGCCGGGCGGGGACUGGUAGUCCGGAGGCUGGCGUUGUGCUCCGCGUUGAUUCUUGUUUACACCUUGCGGACGGAGGGGGGACGAGACAGGACACCCAGGGGCCCAUGCAGACCAGGACCCGGGAGUCCAGUAUGCAAGUGUGCGCGGCUCUCUGACACCAUCACCCCGUGGUUUAUUGCAUUUUAUAUGGUCAAGUUUGUGUUUGCUGGGGAUCGGACUUCCCUCGUCUAAUUGAAUCCCUUCACGGCAGCGAUGCGUAAAACUUUUUGGUGACUUUUUGUGUCACCUUUUAUUUGCGCUCAUGGUUCCCGGUCAAGCGCGGCACAAGUCGAGCUGGACAUGAAAUCCAGCAGGAAUAGUCCCGACAACUUGUUUCUGUACAUCCACACGGUGUGACAUUUACGGACCUCUUCAAACUUUGAUUACUGGCGGAAAUUACAGCCUUUCUCAUCUUUCUCUGCCAAGUUGCUCGGGGAUGGAUGUGUUGUGAGUCUGUUUGCGUCAACAGUCAGAAGAGUGAACUAUUUACCAGAACAGCGUCACACGAAAAACAAUCACUGGACUCGUUAGUAUUCAAGCCUGUCGUGGGAAAAGCAUUCAGGGAUAAAGACAUUUUUAUUUUGGGGACGAGAGCCACCUUGGUGUGUCAGGAGCGGCGCAGGUUUCCCUGUGCGGACCAACCCCGGGACGUUUCGCCACGGCGUAGCCGGAAAAGAUGCUCUCUGCUCGGAUGCAGCGCGACCAAUGUGUCGGUCCUCUGGUUCUCCUCCUCCUGUUCGGCGGAUAUGUCGUGUCUGGCAGUGAAAGCAGCGACUACAGCGAGGCCGAGGUGCUGCCCGACUCCUUCCCGUCAGCGCCGGCAGAGCCUCUGCCAGAAUUCCUGCUGGAGCCAGAAGAUGCUUUCAUCGUGAAGAACCGGCCGGUCCAGCUGCGGUGCCGGGCGUCGCCGGCCACACAGAUCUACUUCAAGUGCAACGGGGAAUGGGUCAAUCAGAACGAUCACAUCACCAGGGAGAACCUAGACCAGAUCACAGGACUGGUGGUGAGGGAAGUGGACAUCUCUGUGUCGAGGACCCAGGUGGAGGAGCUGUUUGGGCUGGAGGACUACUGGUGCCAGUGUGUGGCCUGGAGCUCGGCUGGCACCACCAAGAGCAACCGUGCCUAUGUUCGCAUUGCAUACCUUAGGAAGAACUUUGAGCAGGAGCCACUGGGGCGGGAGGUGCGGCUGGAGCAGGAGGUGCUGCUGCAGUGUCGCCCCCCGGAGGGCAUGCCAGCUGCUGAGGUGGACUGGCUGAAGAACGAGGACGUCAUUGAUCCGUCACAGGACUCCAACUUCCUGAUCACCAUUGACCAUGGUCUGAUCAUAAAACAGGCCAGACUCUCAGACACGGCAAACUACACGUGUGUGGCUCGUAACGUGGGGGCCAGAAGGCGCAGCAGCACGGCGACUCUCAUCGUUUACGUGAGUGGAGGUUGGUCUUCUUGGACUGAAUGGUCAGAGUGCAAUGCUCAGUGUGGGCGGGGCCAGCAGCGACGGACACGCAGCUGCACCAAUCCUGCUCCUCUGAACGGUGGAGCCUUCUGUGAGGGCCCGCCCUUCCAGAGGGUGACCUGCACCACACUGUGUCCAGUGGAUGGAGGCUGGACAGAGUGGGCAAAGUGGUCUGCCUGUGGUACAGAGUGCACCCACUGGCGCAGCCGCGAGUGCCAAGCUCCCCCUCCCAGGAACGGAGGAAAGCACUGCAGCGGCAGCAUGAUGGAGAGCAAAAACUGCACUGAGGGGCUGUGUACACGUAAUAAAAAGAUUUCUAUUGAACAUGCAACCCAUCCGCUAGCUCCAGGUAUGGGUGUAGCAGUUUACGCUGGUCUGGUGGUGGCCCUGCUGUUGUGCGUGAUCCUGGCGCUGUGCGUGGGAGGGCUCGCUUAUCGCCGCAGACGGCGCCAUCUCCACGGAGACAUCACGGAUUCCUCGUCCGCCCUCACCACUGCUUUCCACCCUGGCAACUACAAGCCUCCCAGACAAGAUAACCCUCACCAUCUGCAUCCCUCAGCUCCUCCGGAUCUGACAGCCACAGCCGGGACUUUCCGUGGGCCGCUCUUCUCCUUGCAGCACGUGGUCAACGACAGCCCCCACAAGAUCCCUAUGACCACCUCGCCCCUGCUGGACGCCCUGCCCAGUCUCAAAAUCAAGGUGUACAACUCCUCCACACUCUCCUCCAUGGAGCUCCCCGCCGACAUGGUCAUCAGCGACGGGGAGAUCCUCAGCCUGAAGUCGGUGGGCACUGUGGGUAGAGAGCGAGACUACCACAGUCACACGCUGUCCAGAGAGCCCGGGCUGAGCACCAGCGCCACCAUGGGUAACCUGGGAGGACGCCUCACCAUCCCCAACACAGGUGUGAGUCUGCUGGUCCCCCCUGGCACAAUCCCCCAGGGCAAGUUCUACGAGAUGUACCUCAUUAUCAACAAGUGGGACAAAACAACGCUACCCUCAGAGGGCAGUCAGACUGUACUAAGUCCUGUGGUGAGCUGCGGUCCGUCCGGCAUGCUGCUGAACCGUCCUGUGGUCCUCACGUUGCCCCACUGUGCUCAGCUAGACACGCCCACACCCGACUGGACCCUCACACUAAAGACGCAGACGCACCAGGGGGCGUGGGAGGAGGUGCUGACGGUGGGCGAAGAGACUCUGUCGUCUCCUUGCUACCUGCAACUGGAGGAGGAGUGUUGUCACGUGCUCAUGGAGCAGCUGGGGACGUACGGCCUGGUGGGUCAGUCCUGUCCUCCACAGCCCGCCUGCAAACGCCUGCAGCUGGCUCUGUUCGCCCCCCGAGCACCGUGCCUCUCGCUGGACUACAGCCUCAGGAUCUACUGCAUCCAUGACACCCCGCAUGCCCUCAAGGAGGUGCUAGAUUUGGAAAGGAGUCUGGGUGGAGUUCUGCUGGAGGAUCCCAAGCCGCUGCUCUUCAAAGACAGCUACCACAACCUGCGCCUGUCCAUCCACGACAUCCCCCACACCCACUGGAGGAGCAAACUACUGGCCAAGUACCAGGAGAUCCCAUUCUAUCACAUUUGGAGCGGCAGUCAGAGACCUCUGCACUGCACCUUCAGCCUGGAGAGAGGCAGCCUGGCCGUGUCACAGCUCAUCUGUAAGAUCUGCGUCCGACAGGUGGAAGGGGAGGGACAGAUAUUCCAGCUGCAUACAGACAUCCAGGAGACUUUACCGCCGCACUCGCCCCUCCCCUCAGGAGGCACCUGCCUGCACUCCUCUCAAGUGGGACCCUAUGCCUUUCGCUUGCCUGACUCCAUCCGCCAGAAGAUCUGUGCCAGUUUGGAUGCACCCAGCGCUCGCGGGUGUGACUGGAGGCUACUGGCACGCAGUCUGGGCUUUGACAGGUACUUGAACUACUUUGCAACAAAGCCCAGCCCCACAGGUGUUCUACUGGACUUAUGGGAAGCCUGUCACCAAGGUGACGCAGACCUGGUCUCUCUGGCGACUGCACUGGAGGAAAUGGGCAAAAGUGAAGUGCUAGUUGUCAUGACAACAGAUGGGGAUUGUUGAUUGGGCAAGGAACAAGAGAGCAAACAAGACUUUUUUUUUCCUUUCUUUUUUUUUACCACCUUGAUGAAAAUAAGAAUACCUGCCUAUGAAUAUGCACACCCUGAGCGUUUUGGUUUCCACACGUACUGUGUUACCUCUGUCUCAUCUCGCUUUCUCUCCACUGGCCCUUGAUCAGCCACCGUAGCUGCAUCCACCAUAAUCCACCAUAAACCAUAAUCCUCAGAUAACUGAUUCAGUUUGAAUCCACCAAAGCAAUGUUGCAUAUUAUGCAAGAGUUGAAAGUCCGAGGGUAACAAAGGUAUAAAAUAGGUGUGAAGUCACCUGUUGGUGUUAUUUCAAAGAUUGAAAAUGACACUAUUCUUUUAUAUUAUACAAAAGAAUCCAUGUAUUCAGCACGCACAAUAACCCAGUCAGACAAAUGCUAUCAUGGUAUCACCCAGGUUUCAGGGGCAGCAUGAAAGUGCAUGAUUUAUCCACCAUCUCACCUCAUGGCAGGGGCCUUUGUUUUCUCCACUGUCGCUCUGUGUGAGCAGUGAAUGACGGGCAGCACCGACCCGUCCACAACCUCCUCAGGCUACAGACGCACGUGGACAAGCUGGUCAUUAAUCGCCUUCAAAUCAGACAUCCUGGGAUUUCCGGUCUAACCGCUUCAACUGUCACGGAGUUCUCAAUGGUUCCAGACCUCGAGCUUAAAGCUUUGGGCUGAUUUUUUUUAAUUUUUUUAACAACAGGUGCCUCCUCUUUGUGGUGGGAGGGUGAAUUCUGUUGUUUGAAGUGUGCUUUAAGAAUUGGUGGAUAACUCGACCGGCUGACUCUUUAUAUUGUACAGCACCAACAAAUGCCUCAAAGCCUUGGCACAUCUUUCCGACUCACAUGGGCGUUCCUCUUUCAUCUCUCCUUGCGUUCCUCUAUCGCGCCGCCACACUCCUCCGAUCUGUUGAGAAUAAACUGCGGGAGAGCAUUCUGGUCAUCUCUUAAAAGUUUCCUUUGGGGAAUGCUCUAUAAGUUAUUAUCCAUUUGUGGAUUUUUUUGUUUUUCCAUUGUCAUUACUGUCACGAUCGUAUAGACGCAGUUUUAUCAUUUGUGCUUCUUUAGGCUACUGAGCUGCUGUGUGUUAUUUUUAUUUCUGCCGGCCAAAUGGGAGACGUGGGGCACAGUGGCUGUCUCAUGUUUAUUUGUUAUUAAUAAAAAUGUGUAUCUAUUCAAAAAGUAAAAAUAUGAACUGUAUAACAUGAUUAGAGGUGGUCAAAUGUCAAAUGACGUCACUGUAUUUUAUAGGCGUUUUGCUUUCCUGUGACUGAGGGCGGUUUCCACUGCUCAGAGAUGAAUAUUGCAGAAUAGAUUAGCCUCGCCUUGAAUCAACUAGGCAGCAAGGGCCCAUAAAAUUUACCUCAACACUAACUGAAUUAUGUUUCCAUCUAUUCUCUGUACGCCAUUUAUCUACGCGUGUCCAUCUGUCAGCGCAUCGCCAUGACGCUCAUUAUGUCUCCCGCCUCUUAAUCUGAUAACACAUUGUUAACCUCUUUACUAAGCCGCCUGCUUUGUGGUCAGGGCCCCUCAAGCUACUCGCAUUAUCAAUAUCGUUCUGUCAGUUUAUCUUGGGUCAAGAAUUGAAAACGCUGUCGUCAGUAACAUCAUCGUCGUUAGUUAAUUUGUGUGUGUUAUUGAAUCCUUUUCUCCCUGGAGAGCAAAAGAGAAAAAAAGUGUUCAUGUCUUUGAAACCACUAAAACCAAAACACAGGCAGUAUCCCUCCUCUCCAGCAGUGUCACAACACUGCUUAGUGUGAAUGGACUGAAAAUAUAUACGUGUGUGUGAGAGUGUGUGUGUGGGCAGGUGGAUGUGCAAAAACUGUGUGUGCACACACUCAAGGUCUGUCAUUUCUCUUUGUAAGUGCUAUGCAAGUACAAAAGAAAAGCAAAGCAUUUUGAAUUCUUUUGUUUCCUGGAAGAGUAAUUCUAUUUUUUCAGCCCAGGGCAAUGACAGGGUUUUGUUUUUGUAUUGUGAAAAGGUUUAAGAGUGCUGAUGGUAAAUGUCUGUGUGAGAAUCCUCCAUCUGGAUCAACCGACGAAGAGAGCAACUACUGAGAAAGGAAAAAGCACACGUGGAAGAAGAAAACUGGUGCAAUGUCCACAGCACAAGUUUGUGACUAACACUAUGAACUCGAGCCCUGCUGAUCUUUGCCUGUGAGGAACUCAAUCUGAACUCAACCAGUUCAGUACUUUGGAUCCCUGAACUCUGCAGGACUAUUUUCUUUCCUCGAAUCUUGUUACAGAGACUUGCUAGCUGUAGACCGCAGUGUUUAUUCGUCCGGAUUUCUUGAGUAUCUGUUGGAUUUUUCAGCCAUAGCUCUGGAUCGUUCGUGCUGGAACUAGGACUGGAUUCUACCAUGUUCCCGUGCAAGAGAAAACUUCAGCCUUUUGUUCAAGAAGUCAGACAUUUUUACAAAAAAAGAAAAACAGAAUCGAAUCAGUGACAUUAUUUUAUCUCUGUAAAGUACCAAUUGUAAAUAAACGUCUAGCCUUCUUACUUGUAACUAAAUACAAUUUUUAUGCAAUAAAUUAUAUUUCUUAGUUUAA